AUGCUGCGCCUAUUCUCAUUUUUUAUUAAAGAAGCACUACUCAUAGUUGUUGCUCUUAUCAUGGUACGUAUGAAUGGGGUCGUCUUUGGUUCUAGUGCCGCUUCAGAUCGCCAGGCAUUACUAGAAUUCAAAUCACAGUUUCCAGAUGACACUCAAGGUGUUUUCCUAUCUUGGAAUGAUUCUCUGCCUAUGUGCGAGUGGAAAGGAGUGACAUGUGGUCGUCGCCACCAAAGAGUUACAAGUUUAUAUCUACGAGACAACGGUUUAGUUGGUUCUCUAUCUCCUUAUCUUGGUAACCUCAGCUUUCUCGGUUCUCUGGCCCUUGCCAAUAACCAAAUUCAUGGAAGUAUACCUCCCGAAUUUAGUUAUUUAUAUCGAUUGCAGGAAUUAUCCCUUGCCAAUAAUUCAUUGACUGGGGAAAUCCCAGCCAACAUGUCAACCUGGCCUAGGCUAUCGUACGUUAACUUACAACUCAAUAAGCUGUCUGGGAAAAUUCCAGAUACUUUUAGUUCUCAUUUAAUUAUAAGUUUUUUAUCUUUCGCCAAUAACAACCUCACUGGUGGGAUUCCACCAUCCAUUGGCAAUGUCACAUCUCUCCAAACACUCGCUUUUACUCAUUGUCGAUUAGGAGGGAUCAUUCCUGAUUCCUUGAGUCAACUAAAAAACCUGCGACAGUUAGGCCUUGGUGAAAUGGACCUUGUUGGGAAAAUAGAUAUUGAUUUUCAGAAACUCCAAAAUCUUACUAGAGUAAUUCUUGCUCCCAACAGUUUUCAAAGUACGAAUCUUGAUCGCCUGACAUUUUUUGACUCUUUGUCCAAUUGCAGCAAUUUGGAGUUGUUGGAGCUCGAAGGCGGCCAAUUAGGUGGAGUGUUACCGAAUUUAGUUGGGAACUUCUCAUCCAAAUUGUAUUAUUUAUCAAUGAGUUCAAACUAUAUUACAGGAAGUCUCCCUUCAUCUAUAGGCAAUUUGUUAGGUUUAACUACUCUUGCUCUUGGUUCAAAUAGUUUCACUGGCAUAAUUCCUGAAAGCAUCGGCAAGCUUCAAAGCUUGCAAAUCUUGUAUCUUGAUGAUAGCCAUUUCUCAGGGGUUAUUCCAAGAUCUAUAGGAAAUCUGUCACGUGUAACUAAAUUAGCUUUAAGUGAAAACAGAUUGGAAGGCACAAUACCCUCAACUAUAGGAAGUUGCAAAAGUAUGAUAGUUUUGGUCCUUUUUGAAAAUAACCUAAGCAGAAGUUUACCCAAAGAACUAUUUCAGCUUUAUUCACUCUCUAUAGGACUAUAUCUGAGCCAAAACAAUCUGUCUGGACUUCUUCCACAAGAGAUUGGAAACCUCAAAGUCACAGGAUUACUUGAUUUUUCCGAGAAUCGUUUCACGGGUGAAAUUCCAAGUACUAUUAGUGGCUGCAUCAACCUUCAAACCUUAAAUCUUUCAGGUAAUCUCUUUUAUGGAUCAAUUCCCGAAGCAUUUAAUUAG